AUGGCGGCGGCGGCGGGCGAGGGGCGGCCGGGACCCCCGCGGCUGCCGCCCGGGGCGCCCCUGGCCCUGCUGGGCGCCCUGCUCUACCUGGGCGCCCUGUGUGCCGCCUGCAGACGCAAGGCCCGGAAGCAGCAGCCGCCGGGGGACGCGGUGAGGCUGGUGGACAAGGCCCUGCUGCAGCGCGCGCAGCUGCGCUCGCUCAGCCGGUCGGACACGCGGCUGCACGAGCUCCUCCGCGUCAGGCCCGAGGGGCAGGGUGCGCGGCCGGCCAGCGCGGAGCUGCUGCAGGCGCCGGGCGCCGCGGGCAGCGAGAUGCUGCAGCGGGCGCUGCCGCAGCCGCCGCGCGCCCGCCCGCCCGAGCAGCCCUACGACAACCUGCCCGCGGCCCCCGUGCGCUGCCCCGCGGCCCCCGCGCGCCCCCCGGUCCUGGCCCCGGCCACCGCUGACUACGCGUGCGUGCGCAAGGCACCCAGGGCGGCACCGCGGGACGGGCCGGCCCAGGAGCCCCGUGCCAAGGUGGAGGACAUGUACUCGACCGUGUGCAAGGGCGGCAGAGGGAGGGCGCCGGCGGCCGCUGCAGCGCCGGGGCCGGCGCGGGCGCGCGAGGCCGCCGCGGAGCCCUGCUACGCCUGCAUCGCCGAGCCCCACUACGAGGCCGUGGACGGCGCCUGGAGCAGGGCCAGGGACGCGCCGCGGCCGCCCGAGAACCUGUACGAGAGCGUGGGCCCCGCGCGCGGCACCGCGACGGCUCCCAACGGGCUGCACGUCUACAUCACCAACCUCUAG